ACCCCGCAGGAUCCCCUCAACAUCAACUCAUGACGAAGGAAACAAUAGGCAAGAAGUCGGCGAAUUGUCGAAAGGUUUUCUAGUCAAUUCCGCACGUAACAAAGCCUAUCCUGGUACAUAACUGAUCCCAUCUCAUGUUGAAACAGAAAUUCAGACCCGUUAUUUCCAACUCCCAAGAUGACUGUCGACUUCGAUUUGAAAUCUGGCUAUGUCCAGAUCAUCAAUGGCAAGAAAGCCCCCACGUCUACCACCCGCCACGGUCUGAACCCUGCCAACCUAAAGAAGCUCCCGGAGGCCCCGGUAGCCACAGAGAAGGACCUUGAUCAGGCUGCUGAAGCUGCAAAGGCUGCCCUUAAGCUCUGGUCUGCGGUGCCGUAUGAGGAGAGGAAGAAGGCAGUUUUGGCGUUCGCCGAUGCUAUCGAUCAGCGCAGAGAUGACUUCCGCGAUCUGUUGAUCAUGGAGCAAGGGAAGCCGAUUCUCCAGGCUUCUCAUGAGAUGGACGCUGCGAUCUCGUGGAUUCGUGGAAUGGCUGGGCUUCCGCUUCUGGAAGAUGUGAUUGAAGAUGACGAUACUCGGAGGGUAAUUACAAGAUAUGUUCCACUUGGUGUCGUUGGUGCAAUUGUACCUUGGAACUUCCCUUUGCUUUUGGCAACUAGCAAGAUCGCCCCGGCUCUUCUGACCGGCAACGUCAUUAUCGUGAAACCAUCACCUUUCACUCCGUAUUGUGGUUUGAAGCUCGUAGAGCUGGCACAGCGAUUCUUCCCUCCUGGUGUUGUGCAAUCUUUGAGUGGCGAUGACAACUUGGGACCUUGGCUCACUAGCCACCCUGGCAUUGAUAAGAUCAGCUUUACUGGUUCGACAGCAACAGGCAAGAGGGUCUUGCAGAGUGCCAGUCACACGCUCAAGCGUGUCACACUCGAACUUGGCGGAAAUGAUCCCGCAAUUGUGUUCCCCGAUGUCGAUAUUGAAAGGGUCGCAGAGAAGGUGGCUUUCUUCGCAUUCCUGAACUCGGGCCAAGUUUGCCUCAACCUCAAGCGCAUCUACGUGCACAGCGCAAUCUUCGAGCAGUUCAGAGAUGCGCUCGUGCGCCAGGUCCAAGGCUAUACAAUUGGUGACGGUUCUCAGUCGGGUAUCAGCCAUGGUCCCCUUCAGAAUGAUAUGCAGUAUUCACGCGUGAAAACCUUCUUUGAUGAUAUUGAGAAGCAGGGCUGGAAAGUUGCUACCGGUGGCAAGAUUGAGAAGUCAUCUGGGUAUAUGAUUGCUCCUACCAUCAUUGACCGGCCACCUGACAACUCUCGUAUUGUGGUAGAAGAACCCUUCGGCCCCAUUGUACCACUAAUGUCGUGGGAUGACGAAGCGGACGUUAUUGCACGCGCUAAUGACACGACAAUGGGACUUGGAGCUUCAAUUUGGACUGCGGAUCUAGAUAGAGCGGCGCGUGUGGCGCGCCAGAUCCAGGCUGGAACUGUAUGGACAAAUGACCAUUUUAGUCUUAGUCCUACUGUUCCUUUUGGUGGUCAUAAGGAGAGUGGCAUUGGCGUGGAGUGGGGAACCAAUGGUCUCAAGGGAUUCUGUAAUGUUCAGACUAUUUUCUUGAAGAAGAGUGUUUGAGAUUUGGACAAUUGCUGUUUGUUCAAUAUAGAUAGCACAGAAUUAAACAAAGAGGUCUUCAUUUGAAACAGUUUAUGGC